AUGGAUCGGCCUAGCAGCAAAAUUGUCAGGACGCGCCCAGAUAUGGAAAAAGUACAUGUGCAGAGAGUGACGCAUCCCCAAGGUCACCAUCCGUACGACACGUUUCGGAUAGCAGUGGGCGGAGCAGGAAGCCAAGGAACCGAUACAGAGUUGCUCUACCGUUCAGCAUGUCACAACACAUCGAACUUCCCACAGAUAACAGGCAAUAUUUUACUGUCACUCAUCAGUCUGGACUAUAUUCCGGGCAGUGGUAUUACUCCGGUGCUCUCAUUGGCCACCUGUUAUAAACAGAGUCAGUGGCUAUUGCGGAAUGUAAAAUGGGAUCUAUGUGAGGUUGCUGAAGAUCCGCCAACAACCCACGGCCGUUUUCGCCCUUCUUGGGGCUCAUCAGCGGACCAAAAUUCAUUUCGAUCGGUAGAGCGCAUGAACACAAGACGCCCGUUACGAGUUGGAAGUCGAUCAUCCACCACGACGUCAAGCCACUGGCCGAACCGCCAAAAUCUGAACCAAAACAUUCCGCAGUAUGGGAAGAACCCGUCCGCGUUAGAUCGGUUGGAAUCAAAGGAUUGGCCGAAAGGAACGACCUUGGAAACAGAGGCAUCGGGUGGGAACCAAGGGGAAAAGGCAUGCUCUCAUCUGAUUAGUCACAAAGGGUAG